UACUCCCCUGGGAAUAGAGUAAACUCAGCUCAGAUACGCUGUGUGCUCUGCUGUCACAGUGUUUACAUAAACAUUUUUACGGCGCAACCUUGUCGUUUUUAGUAUAGGUUGGAUUUUAACGACAGAAAAACAAGGAAGUCAAUUCGUUUUUUAUCGAGCUUCAGUAUUGUCCAGUACAUAUAAUAUUGCACUCACGUUUAAUUGAAUAAAUACGAUUUUGAAAGAAAUGGAGGUGCUCCUCAACGAGGAUUUGGCAGCUUUGUCAGAUUUGGAUGAACAAAGUUUGUUCGAAUCCUUGAGUCAACGGUUCAGACAAGAUCGCAUCUAUACCUACAUUGGGGACAUCUUGGUGGCCAUAAAUCCUUUUAAAUACCUUCCUCUCUAUGAGAAAGAGGUAUCAGAGAGCUAUAAGUACCAUGAGAAGACCAAGCUACCUCCUCACAUAUUUGCUGUGGCAGACAGGGCCUACCAGUCCAUGCUGGGACGGUUAGCCACAGGACCCCGAAACCAAUGCAUUGUGAUCAGUGGGGAGAGUGGAGCAGGAAAGACGGAGAGCACCAAGCUGCUGCUCAGACAGAUCAUGGAGCUGUGCAGAGCCAACUCUCAGCUGGAGCAACAGAUAUUACAGGUGAAUCCUCUGCUGGAGGCCUUUGGCAAUGCCCAGACUGUGAUGAAUGACAACAGCAGUCGCUUCGGGAAGUAUAUUCAGCUGCGCUUCCACAACUCCUCAGUCAAAGGAGCUAAGAUCAACGAGUACCUCCUGGAGAAGUCUCGUGUGGUCCACCAGGAUGAGGGCGAGAGGAACUUCCAUAUCUUCUACUGCAUGCUGGCAGGCAUCUCCCCGGACGACAAAGACAUGUAUGGACUCCUGGACCCCACGCAGUACAGGUAUCUGAAUGGGCGGUACGGCUCAGAGGACAUAGUAAGGAAAUGGGGGGAGAAGUACAGUGAGGUGUGUAACGCCAUGGACAUGGUGGGAUUUGAGGAACAGGAGAAGGUAGACAUGAUGACUAUUCUAGCAGGGAUCCUUUCUCUGGGAAACAUCAUGUUUGAGCCCACAGAGACCGACGCUCUCAGGGUCACCGACAAGUCCAUGGGCUGGCUCAAAGCCACAGCCGGUCAGUUUGGGGUGCAGGAGGAGGAGUUGCUGAGGAGUCUGACCUGUACUCUGUCUGUGACGAGAGGAGAGGCCAUCCGCAGGCUGCACAACCAGCAGCAGGCUGAGGAUGCCAGGGACUCCAUCGCCAAAGUGGCUUAUGGGAGAGUAUUCGGCUGGAUCGUCAGUAAAGUUAACGAACUGCUGGCUCCCAACGUUGACUUUGACGUUGAGCUCAGUGAAAUAGGUAUCCUCGACAUCUUUGGGUUUGAGAAUUUUGCUGUUAACCGUUUUGAGCAGCUCUGCAUCAACCUGGCCAAUGAACAGCUGCAGUACUUCUUUAACCAUCACAUCUUUCUGAUGGAACAGAAUGAAUACAAGGAGGAGGGCAUCGAGUGGGAAUCCAUUUCCUUCAAAGACAACAAGCCUAUCCUGGACUUGUUCCUCACUAAACCCAUUGGAAUCCUUUCUCUCCUGGAUGAGCAGAGUGCCUUUCCCCAGGCAUCAGACAGAGACUUUGUGGACAAGUUGAACAGUAAAUUUAAAAGCAGCCCCCACUAUGAGGUGGUCCGUAGUCAUAGCCCCCUCUUUACCGUGGUUCACUAUGCUGGGAAGGUCCAGUAUAAUGGACUAGGCUUCCUAGAGAAGAACAGAGACACCAUCCCAGCCAGCAUCAGAAGCCUCUUCAUUAACAGUGUCACGCCCCUACUUAGUCUCCUCUUCGCAGCCACAAUCUCCAGAACAGGCACCUUGAUGCCACGCAAAGCCAAGCUCAUGCAAAAGGCAGAUGACAACUUUAACUCAACUAGGAAACAGUCGGUGGGGGCACAGUUUAAGCACUCUCUGGCUGUGCUGAUGGAGAAGAUGUUUGUUGCCAGUCCUCACUUUGUCCGCUGCAUCAAACCUAACGGCAGCAAGCUUCCUGAUCAGGUGGACAACAAAAUAGUCAUGGACCAGCUAAGAUACAACGGCCUGCUGGAAACCAUCAGGAUACGAAGAGAUGGCUUCUCCUGGCGACCGUCGUUCAAAGAAUUUGCUCAGAGGUACAACAUUCUGCUGAUCAAGCCAGAUUUACCACUAACCAAGGAAAGCUGCAUGUCCAUCCUCAACACUACUGAGAUACAUGGCUGGAAGUGUGGCUCGUCUCGUAUGUUCUUUAAGUAUUGGCACCAGGAGGAGUUGGCCAGGCUGCUAGAGAGACUUGGCAAGGCAGCACUUGUCAUCCAGAAAGACUACCGUUCACUGCGCUGCAGGAGGAAGUACCUGUCCCUGCUGGUGGAAGUGCACAGACAGAGGCAGGCCCAGAGAGAGAGGGUAGAGAGAGAAGCCAGGGAGGAGGAGGAGGAGAAGAGGAGGGAGCAGGAGCUGGAGGAGGAGAUGAGGCGACUGGACAUGGAGCAGGAGAACAAGAGGCCAUUCUCUCCACCCGUGCCCCUACCCAGGAAAAGGAAGCCACAGCCCCAGCCUCGCUCUAUCCUGCCCACUGCUACCCACCUGGCUCCUGUCCCACGGCCCCGCAGCAAACAGUUUGAGGCCACUCCCUUUGACAACCUGGAGGUGCAUAUUGAACUGGCUGAGCUGGUGGGCCAGGUAGGGGGAGAGGAGCGAGCCAGGGAGAGGAGCAAGAAGAGGAAGAACACCAUUCGCUGGUUCAAGGAGACGCAGGCCCGCAAGGUGGUCCACAAUGGAGCCUUCCCCUGCUGGUUCCAUGGCAUGAUUACACGCAGACAAGCAGAGGAUUUGAUGACGGACAAGCCUGUGGGCUGUUUUCUGAUUCGUGUGGGACAGAGCCGGGAGGGCUACACACUAACAUAUAAGGGGGCGAACCGCUGCAGGCACUUUAUGAUUGAGAUGCAGUCUAAUGGGAAGUAUGUGAUCCUGGGGGAGGAUAAGGCUCAUCCCUCCCUGCCUGAUCUGGUGCAACACCACAGCCAGGUGGGCAUCAAGCCCUUCAACGAGCUGCUCAGCACUCCUUGUGGACAGACAUGUAACCAGAACACAGACUACGAGGACUUGAAGGGCCUGGACCUCCUGGCUACAGCCAACCACGGGAGCCCCAAGUCUGGGGAGGAGGGCGAGUCAACCCCUGACCCCGUCCACCUGGAGCUCCAGCGGCUCUUCCUGCCCCCCGGGCAGAGCCCCAGCCUGGAGACCCAGAGACCACCUGUCCUCAGGCGGAUAUCUGACCGAAGACACCGGGCCGUGGCUGGAGGAGGGGAGGCCCGCGGAGGGAGGAGAGGGGAGAGAGGAGAGGGGGAAGAAGAGGAGGACGAGACUGACCACAAGAGCAGGUCAUUCCCCCGGUUGUAUCCUUCCAUCCGAUUGGCUAUGAGGGAGAUCCAGCAGAUCCAACAGAAUUUUCCAGAUGGCCAGGAUCAGAGCUCCUCUAUCCCUCACAGUACCACCAACCCGUCCUGGAGGAGGACCGAUUCAUAACCCAUGGGAUGGAGGGAGUUAAUGCUAUUUGUUGUUUUUCCCCAACUGAAUGAGUUAACUGGGCCUUAUUCUGUCUAAGCUUUAUCCAUGAACAAAUUGUAAGGAGAUACUUCCUUGUUUACUAGUAUUUUAUUUGUUAUGUUUUAUUUUGUAAUGAUUUUAAUUUAUGUGUGUUAAGGGGCUUUAUGUUUCUGAUUGUAUUGUUGUUUUAUGUUUAUUUAAAUGUAAAUUAUGCAGUGGGAAUGUUUACAUUCUGUGAUUUACUGAAUAUUGUUAUUUGUUUACAUUUUAGAUAUCUGGUUGUCAUGUUUUUUUUCUCUCCCCCCCAUCAUAAUAAAAUCUGCAUGAAAAUGCUUCAGUGUUAACACA